GAACACGUGGCCAUCAGCUGAUAAUAGACUUGUGGCUUGGUAAGCAAGUUAAGUGGUGUGUGAGUGUUCCGUAUACAUCCAUGUAGAAGAUCCGACGACUGCCGACGACCUGGUAGAAGUAGUGAUUUGGUGAGAAGGUGUCAAUCAGCCAGUCCUCUCUGUAAAGCCUUGGACUCAACUCGUUUUGACGUUCUGCGUACACUAGGCUACCCCUACGUCCUGCUGCUAGCAUCAUCAACCAAUUCAAUUUAAUUAUCAGGUAAUACUGAUAAUGAGCGUAAAACUCAGUAUAACAAUUGUUAAGGAAUUUCAAGGAAAAAAACAAUGACUGAAACCAGUAAGAAACUUUCCCGCUGGUAUUUCGGAGGCCUGGCUUCUGCAGGAGCUGCCUGCAUUACGCAUCCUUUAGAUUUGCUAAAGGUGCAUCUCCAAACCCAACAGGAAGGAAAGACUUCGAUAAGUAAACUUACACUGCAUAUAAUUAAGAAACAAGGAGUUCUGGCACUUUACAGUGGACUCACUGCUUCUCUACUACGUCAACUGACAUAUUCCACAACUCGAUUCGGUUUUUAUGAGGUGGGAAAACAAACAUUGGAAACAUCUGGCUCGCCUCUGCCAUUUUAUAAGAAAUUAUUACUAGCUGGUCUGUCUGGUGCCGCUGGCGGUGUCGUGGGCACACCGGCCGAUCUGAUUAAUGUGCGUAUGCAAAAUGAUGUAAAGCUCUCACCAAACCUCAGGCGGAAUUAUAAGCAUGCACUGGAUGGUUUAUUGCGAGUUUGGAAAGAGGAAGGAUUUAUUAGACUUUUUAAUGGUUGCUCGACAGCCACCAGCAGGGCAACUCUCAUGACUAUAGGACAACUCAGCUUUUAUGAUCAGAUCAAAAUAAUAUUACUACAGACCGGCAUGUUUCAAGAUAACCCUACUACUCAUUUUCUGUCCAGUUUAUCUGCUGGUGCAGUAGCAACGACUUUGACACAACCUCUGGACGUGUUAAAGACCCGAGCUAUGAAUGCCAAACCGGGCGAGUUCAAGAGUAUGAUGCAUCUUGUCAUGUACACAGCCAAGUUAGGACCAUUAGGAUUCUUUAAGGGUUAUGUUCCUGCAUUUGUUCGGCUAGCACCGCAUACUAUCCUGACCUUUGUUUUCCUAGAACAACUUAGAAGUAAUUUCGGGUUCAUCCCGGAGCAUUUAAUUGCGUGAAAGUUAGAUUAAUAGAAGCAGGCAUCCGUCGUGGUCCAGCGGAAUGCCAGUUACACAUAAUUAGCACAAAUUGAAUUACGUCAACUAAUCAGUAUACGUGUGCGUCACAGUCACCCAUAGUGCGUCUAUUGACGUGCGUACAAUUUAUUUAUGUACUGUCAAAAUACGCAUGCGCAAUGUCUUUACAUGAUUCUAUUAUUGCCGUAUCUAAAAUUACUUCAGUCCAGUAUAACACUCUUUUAAUAGUAAUUAAUGUUUCAUUCACAAGUACCUUCGUGGAACGAAUUCCAGCCGAUGCAUUCCACACAAAUAUUUUUGACAUGUAUAUGCUGGCGUAUAUUUAUAUAUAAAUAUAUACAUCUCCAUUAAAAAUGGAAUCUUGUGCGCGCAAAAACUCCAUUAAUUCGAGCUUAUCUUUUCGAUGGACCAUUGAUUAUAUCAAUGGGUACAAUUAUGGUACAAUUAUGUUAAUUAGAUAUACGAAACUAAAUGUCUUUAAAAAUAGUAGUCAUAUGUCUACCUCAAUGGGUUGGAACAAUUUUUAUUUUAUCGCCAAUGUCUUUCCCGAUGUUUUAUUACUGAUGGAAUGAUCUAUACGUAAGCCCGUAUUCAGGCUUCGCUCUUAAAGUCACUAACAGAGUCACUUUUAGUGGAAAGUCACUAACAAAUAAUUUAAAUGCGUGCUAU